AUGUUGAGUUGUUUGAUUCAACUUGCUGUUGCUACAGAGUGGAUCGUAUCAAAAUACGAUGAAAUGAACGAGAAGAAGACGAAUGCCACGGACUUCAUCAAUAAAUUGGUUAUCAGCAUGGAGAUGAUACAAGAAGAUAUCAAUAAGAACACAAUUGAGUUUGAUAGGUUGGAGAAUCACAUAAUUGAACACUAUCAGGUAUUCAAUAGCAAGUAUUACAUGAGUGUACCAAAAAUAAGAAGAAUAAUGGAUCAGAUCACUAAGAUGAGUCAUUAUUACAAUUGUCAAAAAUUAACUUAUAUUGAAAGCCUGCAACAUAACGUCAAUUUAUUCAACAGAAUGUCAAAUAGCAACAAGAAUGCGGAGAUGUUCAAGGAUGAAACAGCAAUAAAGUAUCGCAACUUGUAUCAAAUUGGGCUGAAGAUAACGAAGGAGCUGCUUACUGUAGUUUACACAGAAGGAGAGACAUUGAAUGUUGAAUUACAGACAAUGCUAUUAGACUACGAAUAUUUGUGCAAGUACCCUGCUAUUUAUUGGUCUGUUGUUGCAAAGAGGAAGAACGUGGUUGGAGAGAAACACGAUGAAAUUAUGAAGAUUUUUGAAGAACUCAAAAGGAUCAAGAAUGGGAUAAAUGCGCAGAGAGCACAAUCGAAACUGAUAUUCAAUGGACUACUGAGACUCCACAGCUACAUUUCAAAUGUAUCUGAUUUAUCGUACUGA